AUGAACCGGACCCUCAGAUCCCCGACAUCUGCUCUUCACUCAGAGUGCAAAGGCAGCCUGAUGGCGAGAAAUGACAGCUGCUUUGUAGUCAGGCACACGCCUCAUCCGAGAAGAGUCUGCCACAUUAAAGGUUUGAACAACAUCCCAAUCUGCACUGUCAAUGACGAUGACGUCCCUCUCAGACUGUUGUGUGGCGCCAGCCAGCAGACCCUCUUAGAGAGGAAUGAGACGCCAUUAACCAAAUUCAGCAACCCACCCAGCACCGCAGCCCUGGACAGCCCUGUCCGAGGGCUAUCACCGGUGCAAAACAAAGUUCCUGCAAGGCCUCAGUCUGAGCCGUGCAGAAAAACCAAUGAGUGCUUCAAAACCUCCAGUGACAAUCCCUUAGUGAUUAAGGAUGAGUUUAAAGCUAAAGACUCACUGCUGCCUCCAAGGAUGUGCUCUGCUCCUGCCUGCCGGUACUCAGAAGUGAUGAGCGCCAAGACCGAUGAGGAUAAAAACACUGUGUGCAUACCAAACUAUCUGGACCAGGAGAUAAAAAUCCUGGCAAAGCUCUGUGACAUUUUGCACACCGACUCUCUGGCAGAGGUUCUGCAGUGGCUGCUUCACACAAGUAACAAAGAAAAGGAGUGGGUAUCGUCUUUGAUUCAUUCUGAACUGGCGGAGAUAAACCUGUUGGCCAGCCGCAGAGCAGCAACAGCAGCAGCAGCAACAGCGGAGCCCAGGAAGCUGCCCACAGCUGUGAAACCCGCCACAACCAAAGCGCUGCAAAAUCCACCCGCCAGACGGAGGGGGGUGACUGGGUCUCGAGAAGGACGUCAGGCACCCAGAAUGUCAAGUCAAGGAUCCGAAAGAAGUAAGGCGGUAUCACAAGGGGCUGAGACCCCAUUGUUUCUAAGAAGAAACAAGACGAAAAUACCUGUUACAGAAUAUUUCAGCAAUCUGAAGUCUCCUCUCCGGUCCCACACUGUGGACAGCGGGUCAGCCAAACCAGUGUCAGCAAGGAGUGUGCAAGGGUACAGCCCUCAAGGAGCAUUCUAUCCUUUAACACCUCAGAGUUAG